GAGAUCGAAUGCCCCAUCUGCUUGGGCGAGUUCCCACCAUCCAAAUUUCCCAACCGCGACACCAUCACCGAGCUGUGCGACCAUCCCGACAAGGCCUGCCUUCAAUGUCUCGAUGCCUCCAUUACAGCCGUCAUCGAGCGUGGCGCCUUGCACCUGCUGGUCUGCCCCAUCUGUCCGCAGAAAUUGACCCACAAUGACAUUAAGGCGUACGCCAACAAGGAACUCUAUGAGCGUUAUCAAUACCUAAAGCAGCAGUCCGAGAUACCAGGACACUGGAUAUCGUGCACAAGUACAAGCUGCGGCGGCAGCCAGGAGCACGACUUUAAGGCCCCUGAGGGUCCAAAGAUGACCUGCAACCACUGUGCAUUCAUCACUUGUGCGAAGCACCGACGUCCCUGGCAUCAGGGCCAGACCUGUGACGAGUUCGAUCAAGAUCCUGAACAGAUCGAGCGGCUGGAGGAAGAGGAGGCCACAGCGAAACUUCUCGCACAGGAGUCCACCAGCAUUUGCCCCAAAUGUGGACAGGGUGUUACGAAGACGGCGGGU